CCCUUGAGCAAGGGGGAUGGGGUGUGUGGUGUGUGAGGUCCUGGCAGUACCCAGAGAUAGACAAUAAUGAACACUUUCUCACGUCGGGAGGGGCGAAAGCGAGUCCAACACGUGAUCAGGCCGUGACUGACAGGAGUGCGACGCGAUGGACCGACAGAAAGCCAAGAUCCUUCACGACCUCCUCAAGUCCUCCUCCACGGACAAGACCUGCCGUGGCCUCCGGGAGAUCAAGAAGAGGCUGCUCACCAGUCCCGACAACCUCCCUGUCUUCCGGACUCUGGGGCUCAUACCACAGACCCUCAAGUUGAUCCAGCGUCCCAACGAAGACAUCCUGAACGGCGCGCUGAGUAUCCUGAGCAGCUGCUGUACCGAUGAGGAUGCGCGAAAUGAGGUGUUCAGUGUCGGGGGUGUCACGCAUCUCCUCAACGUGCUAAAAUGCGCCAAGCUCGAGCCUCUGCAGCUUCGGGCAUGUCGGACGCUCGCCAACCAGGCCCAGCACAAACAAAGCUGUGCCAUGCUAGUGCGUCUGAGGGCCGUGGAGCUGGUGUUGGAGGUGCUCGAGGGGUGUCAGGAGGAGGAGACGAAGGUGGCCGGCAUUAGGGCACUGAGGCUCUUUGCUAACUGCGGGGAACACUGCCAGAAGAUCGUCACCAGCAAGGGCAUUCUCCGCAUCUGCUCCGCCGGUUUUGGUCUGCCCGGCUCCACCGUUAGCCCCAGUCUUGCCCGGGCCACGGUGAAAGCCAUCGCCCACUUCUCCAGGAUAUCCCACCCGUCAUGCAUCAGUCAGAUCAUGGAGGGUACGGACAACAUGAUACUGGUCUCCAAGAUGUGUGACUCGGCGGACCAGGAGACGUAUGAGUGUGUCCUGCGUACCAUUCUCAACACCGUGCACUCCUGUUUCACGCCCUCCCCCCCCCAAAAGCGCGACGCCCUCGAUGCCAAGGUGCUGGACCGGCUCUGCACCGCCACCGCUCCGUCGAUCAUCGUGGCGGAGUUGCAGAAUCGGCGGGUGAUGGCGAUUGAGGAUGAGAAGCUGAUCCUGGCGCUGUGUAAGUUCUGCGAGGGGUCCAGCGAAUGCAACAACCUCGCCUUCGGGUCCUUCUCUGAGCCCCCGACGUUCCUGGGCCGGGCGUGGAUGCAGCUGAUAGACUGUGGGGGCGUCGCUCUCCUCGUCAGCCUCCUCCUGGCCCACCGGAACCACCCCAGACUCCGCCCAGCUCUCCUCCGCGCGAUGCUUGGUGUUGAACAUAAUUAUUCUUACAGAGAUACGAUCCUGAAACACCUGCUGGCCGCCAAACUUCUUCCCCAGUUGGCCGAGCAGUUUGACGAGCUGAUGACCAAGUAUGUGGAGGUUCGACGCGAUCCACAGCCUGGGAAAUGCAUCCACACCAUUAAGACUGAGGAGGAGGAGGCUGGAGGUGGAGGAGAAGGGGAGAUAGAAGGAAGGAGAGAAAGUGGUGAUGCUGUUAAAGAGGGAAGUGAAGGAAGAGAAGGAGGGAAAGAAGAAGGAGGAGGAGAAGAGAGUGAAGGAAGAUCAUUAGAGAGCAGAAAAACGGAAGAUGACGACCACAUAAAUAAGAUGGACAUGGAAGAAGCGGAAGUAAAGAAGGAAGAGGUGGAGGAGGAGGGAAAGAAAAUACCAAACGGAGGAGGAGAAGGAAGCGGAGAAACAAGAAAGGAGUCCUACAUCCUCACCAAAACAUCCAUCAGACAUCCACAUCCGAGGACUAACAUCGAGGAAACCAAGGAGUUUUACCCUAGAAAGCCCCAAGUCACCCAACCAACCAACCCUCGAAGCAACCCAUUAACCACAUCCCCGGAAAUUGGGGGCUCGGGCAACCACACUAACCCAACCCAAUCUAGUCACUACAACCCGAAAAGCCCCGAUAGCGUUUCCUGCUCACCCCGAAGCCAGCAGUCAUCCUCGGGUCACGGGUCGCCCUCCUGGUCACCUCCUGUUGUUGGUGAUCGCUCAAACCCAUCCUCGCCUCCCUUCGUCGGGUCAUUUGCGUCUCCGUUUCCUGCGUCCCUUCCGCCGUGGGGUAUGGAGACGCUACACGGCUCCUCACGUUCUCCGAUCUCCUCCCCACCUCACUCCCCGAGCAUAAACUCCCCACAGCGCUCCACCUCCCCGAUCCGAGUCCCGUCCGAUUGGGAGUACGAGGAUGAGGAGGAGGAGAAGGAGACUGAUGAGGACGGGAGAUUCUCACCUGCUGUUCUUGAGUCGAAAUUGAACGAGAUUGAGGAAAGUCAGGAAGAAGAGGAGGAGGAGGAGGAGGAGGAGGAGGAGGAGGAUAUGUCUGCGGAAGAAGGAGAAGAACAGGAAGGCAUUGAGAAGAAGGAGGGUGUUGCAGCGGACGUCCAAAUCACGGCAUUGGAACACAGCAUCAACACAACCAGGAUAGACAACACGGCAUCUCCGCUUUCCGCCAACACCGCCAAACGUGGAAGAGAAACACCAUCCACCACAACCACCUCCACCACCACGCAACCGCAGGAGAAGAGAAUCAAGCUUGGCGGAGAGGUGGAUGAGGGGGUGGAGGUGUCAGGUGAAGUUCCGCCCGAUAAGCCAACUGAGAGGAGUGAGGUGGAGGUUGGUGGACUCGAUGGGAAGUCGCCGUUCAUCAAGCUCAACCAGAUCAAGUUUAGGGUGCGGAAGAAGGGACCCGCCCGCCGACAGCUUAGUCUGGGGGCGGGGGAAGGCGGCGUCCAGGGGGGAACGUACUCUCCACUGAAGGACCAGCCCAAGAUCGAGAGCAGUGCGGAGGGCCAGGCAACACAGCAGGAACAUCAGCAGCAGCCCCAUCAGCAGGAGCAGGGGAGGCGGGGGUCGGCGAGACUUAGCAGGAGUGACAGCGUGUGCUCAGCGCCUGUUUACUCUGAGCUCAGCAAGGAGGAAGCACAGUGUCUUGAGCUUCUGGAGUUGGUGGUGAGGGUGAUUGGACAGGUCGCCCACGUGAAGGAGGCGAUCAAACCAGUGUGUCGGGAGUUUGUGCCGCGCAUCGUGACCUAUCUCUCCAAGGCGCAAGUCAUCCAUCGGGCAGCCACGCGGAUGCUGGUCACUAUUGCCAGAAACACCCAAUGCAUCCAACCCCUCCUGGACAGCCUCUUCAUCCCUUACGUGGGGGUGGAGCUGGGUGAGGCGGGUGACCCAGAGUCCCCCAGCGGGUGUGCCCAGUGCCGGAUACUCUCGGAGGGGUCGUCAGCGUUCCUCGACCAGAUGGUAAACUUCUUCAACCACAUUCACCAGUAUGGGCAGUGUGAGGUGUCCAGCCGUCUCCACCCCUCCCGUGAGCUGGCCGUGAGGGAGGGCUGCGUCAUGGCUCUCCCGCAUAUUACCAGGUGUCCCAAGCUACUACACGACUUCAUGGUGUGUUACCCGGCCAUAGACCUGCUCAUGAGUGUCCUGCAUUCCUCGCUGCCGCCCGACCAAGCCAAUUAUAUGUACGCCACGGCUGCCCUCUCACGCCUGGCCUCCACGCUCCAGCUGGAGAAUCAAUACAAACCCGUGCGCUGUGACGUGUGUUAUCGCCGCGAGAGCCACAGCAAGGAGGAGGUGGCGGCGCAGCUCAAGAACAAGAACCUGAAGUGCAGCCCUGCCCAGGCCACAGCCACACACACACACACACCCACACACAAGGAGGAAGAAGUCGAGUGCUACUUAGUGAAGGACGAGGCACAGGACAUCACAUUUAAGCUCAAGGACGGGAGCACAGUGUCCGCCAACCGCGAGUCCUUAGCCGAGAAGAAUGAGGUCCUACACGGCAUGCUUCUUGGGUCCUUUUCCGAGGGGUCCAGUCCGUCGGUGGAGCUGCCGUGGAGUAGCAGGAGGUCCGUGGAGAUGCUGAUCCACUUCCUCCACGGGUGUCGUCGGUGUAAGGACAUGGAGGAUGCGAGAAUGGAGGCAUACAUGGAGCUGGUCUUGAUGUCGCAGAUGUACCUGGUGGAAGGCUUGCAGGGGUAUGCGGAGGCUAGGAUGAUUGCUGCGGUUGGCGAGUGGGAGGACGUCAUUCAUAUCUACGAGAGCGGAGUCGGGCGGAUAAACGAAAACCUGAUUCUUCAAGCGAUCUGCCUGGUUCUGGUUAAGCCGAUGAAAACGUGGAAGCGAGCGCGGUGGAUCAAGGGGUUGUUCCAGUCGCCCCACGCGGAGGAUAUCGACCACAAUAUCCGCAUGAUUCUCCACCACCCGCUCGACAUGAACAGGCUCGUGUGUAAUUGUAACCAGUCUCUCUCGCUGUAUAUGUCUGGGUUCACCAAGCACCCAUGCUUUCUGUGCAAGUGGGAUGGUAGGGACAAAGGUCAGCAGACCACAAAGAAGGACUGGCCUCUACAGGAGGAAUUGAUGCCUUGCAGAGCAAGGAACGUCAUAAACAACCCUCUGGUGGACAGAGACAGGAUGCUCUUCCCACCGCUUCACAUCAAGCUCGGCUUGAUCAAACAGUCCACCAAAGCUCUGGACAAGGAUGGCGGCUGCACUUACUUGUGCCGUGCUUGUCCAGGAUUGACCUUGGAGAAGUUGAAAGCUGACAUCUUUGACGGUCCUCAACUCCGUCAGCUCAUCAGAGAUCCAGAGUUUGAAAACUCAGUGAAUGAAGUGGAACUGGAAGUGUGGUAGGCUUUUGUUCUUGUCGUAAAGAACUUUAUCGGCUACAAGAUGGCCAGGGACUACGCAGAACUCGUCACCAAUAUGCUGACUGCUUUUAGAAACCUCGGAUGCAACGUGACCAUCUCGACCGGCCUCUUGCAGACUCCUUGCGUUCUUAUGUUCUUAUCAAAAUGCAUUACUUAUUCUCACAUAUGGAUCGGUUUCCUGAGAAUCUGGGAUCAAUGAGCGACGAGCAGGGGGAGAGAUUCCAUCAGGACAUGAAAGAGAUGGAGACCAGGUAUCAGGGACGCUGGGAUGCAGUCAUGAUGGCUGAUUACUGUUGGACUCUGAAGAGAGACAUCCCUACCCUGUAAUGAACACCACUGAGUGCUGGGGAUCAAACCCGAGCCUUCUGAGUAGAAGUCAGGGGAGCAUACCAACUACGUCAUCGGUGGGGUAGUUGGUAUGCUGCUCCGACUUCUACUCAGAAGGUUCGGGUUUGAUCCCCAGCACUCAGUGGUGUUCAUUACGGGAUAUUUUCACUGUGUUAGUGCAGUUUUUCUAAGACAUCCCUGCCGCUGAGCAUUCUAGGAGUUCGAAGAAACGGAACUUCAUGCCCUGAAUUUUGAACAAUGAUGACCUAAUAUCCAAUUUACAUGUACUUACCUUUAUCAUUGUUCACAGCAAUUUUUUGUAACAUUUAAUUAAUGAAUUGUUAGAAAAUUAUUUUUUUAUCUUAAAAACCUAUUUCAGAUGAGAAAUAUUAACAAAAAUCAACCAAAAUGUCUCAAAAAUGUAAUUGAUUUAGUUAUAAGAUCAGAUUUAAAAAAAAAUCGACUUAGCACAAAAACCUGACCUGAUCAAGAGAAACGGGUGUCAUUUUCGGAUUCAGCGGUGCAAAUUUGUCCUAAAUCAGUUGAAAAAACUUACACAACUUACAGAAUUUUUUUUUUGUAACCCAGUGAAUAAUAAGUGGGAUCGGGUGCACGGACAUUAUUGGAACUGAUGUCAUGGUAAUGGCCCAAGAAAUUAAGAGCUUGUAGAACUUGUAAAAUGUCUGUCAGUGCUUAUUUUGUGCGGAGAAAGAUAAUAAGCAAGAUCUAGGACGCUGAUAUUACUGGAACUGUUGUCAAGAAAGUGGCCUGAGAAAUUAAGAGCUUGUAGAACUUGUAAUAUGGCUGUCAGUGUUUAUAUUGUGUUGAGAAAGAUAAUAAGCAAGAUCUGGGACGCUGGUAUUACUGGAACUGAUUUCAAGAUAUUGACCUAAGAAAUUAAGAGCUUGUAGAACUUGUAAUAUGGCUGUCAGUGCUUAUUCCGUGUUGAGAAAGAUAAUAAGCAAGAUCUGGGAUGCUGAUAUUACUGGAACUGAUUUCAAGAUAGUGGCCUGAGAAAUUAAGAGCUUGUAGAACUUGUAAAAUGUCUGUCAGUGCUUAUUCCGUGUUGAGAAAGAUAAUAAGCAAGAUCUGGGGCGCUGAUAUUACUGGAACUGAUUUCAAGAUAAUGACCUAAGAAAUUAAGAGCUUGUAGAACUUGUAAAAUGUCUGUCAGUGCUUAUUCUGUGUUGAGAAAGAUAACAAGCAAGAUCUGGGGCGCUGAUUUUACUGGAACUGAUGUCAAGAUAGUGGCCUAAGGAAUUAAGAGCUUGUAGAAAGAUAAUAAGCAACUCUGAUAUCACUGGAUUUGUGGUGUCGAUAUUGGUGUCGGAAGGGAGAGCUUGUGAGCUUGUGUUCAUGGAGUGUGAGGUCCACUUCCAGGCACAGCAAAGUUUUUUUAUUAUUAUUAUUUUUUUUACAUAUCUGCCUAUAGUGCCAGUAGGCUUUCUUCAGGGGCCAGAUAGUCGGCCCAAACAAUUUUUUUAUAGUGGCGCCAGCUGUGCUUGGCUCAUGCUGCCCCCCGGAACUCAUUCUUGAUUCACUGGACGGUUUCUUCAAGAGUCCGAGUCCGGGUUGAUGGGUGGUCUUCUGGACAGCAUGUGGGUAGUCUUAGGCCACUCGGCGGUGACUGAAAAAUCCCAGGUGGUAGCGUGGGGAUUCGAACAGACUCGACAAUAUCCAUAUGCAAAAGGUUAUCCAGCAAUGGUAACCCUAUCCAGGUCUAUGUAGUAGAAGUGAUAUUUAUCCAGGAAAAUGCAAGUCUAUGGUGUGUUGUUUUUAGCUUCGUGUGUGUGUGUGUCGUAGUCAAGGCGUUGUUUGUAUAUAGCUUCCGUUCGUUUUGCGUUCGAUUCUGUGUGAGAGCUGAACUAUCUAUCACGGCAUAUUGUUGUGGUGUUGACCCUGCAGUGCGUCCGGCUAAGGCUUGGAGCAGGCAGGCAGUUGUUUAAAGAGGAGAGAGAGCGAGGCGUGCAGGGAGGAAAUCUGAUACUGUUAAUGUCUCGGCCUUCCCUAAAGUGCUACAGAUUAAGUUUGGAUGUAAUGUACGACUGUCAUUGUGGUGUUAACCCUGUAGUGCUUCCAGCUAAGGCUCGGAGCAGGCAGGCAGUUGUUUAAAGAGGAGA